UAUUUUUAAGGUCAGACGGAUAACAGAAGAGUAAAUUCAUAUGGAAUCGUAGUGAUAUACUGUUAUGGAGGCUCACUUCGUUCGCUGCUUUCUUUUGAGAACAGUCGCUGCGUGAUGUGGAAUAUGAACGACAUGUGAAUAGUUGAAUCUUAAAAGAAAUAAAUUCACUUCUGGACUGCAGCAACUGAUACAGCAUCGUUUGGAUUUAUUUGAUUUCUCAUCUUGGCUUGAAAAAAACGAAAAGCAAGAUUUUUCAGAUUUUUAUGAGUGUAUCAAAUAGGAAUGUGGGGUUGCAGUGCAAUACUGAUGUAAGUACAGAGUGAUUGCUGAUUCUUGCAAGCAAAGGCCACAAGUAUCUGUGAAUACAUAGCAGUUCUCUGCAAUUAUCGAUGCAUCCGGUUUGAGUUGUUUUCCUCCUGACUGCCAACCAAGAUUGCGAAAUUAAUUGGAUUGUUUUUAGCAGAAUCUCAGGUGUUUCUGAUACUCCCAGUGAGUAAUCGGACAGCACUCUGAGGCAUCUCCAAGCUUCUGUGUCUCCUGUUUAUCCGCUUUUGUGGUUGCCUUGGCAACGACGAAAAGGAAGAAGGAGAAAUUCCGAGCCCCUUUAUCCAACAGGAAAAGCCUGCACGCAACAGUUAUUGCGAACUGCCUCGUCCAAUAUUUUCCCGGACACAAAAUGAGUAGGAAGUAACAUCUGGAGUUGUACUACGCCUUUCUUCGUUUAGGAACUGAAGCAAAAUGAAGAUCAUUUUGGUGAAUUUCGCCAACAUUUUCAUUAACGUGAGGAAGAAAAGAUAAACUGCCAUCAUUUUCUAACAGCAUGUGACCAUCAGAGGUCACGUAUUUAAAAAAUAGGCAAAAAAAAAAGGGGACAUGCAUGUGAUCGUUAAAUUCAGAUCGCUCAGAAUCAAAUUCUCGUAAAACUUCGAUACAAGAGAACAAGUGACAAUACAAUAAGCAUUGGUCUCCAUUUCGAUUGAAGUUUAUAAAAAAAUAACCUGCAGAGAUUUUUGUUUGGUCAUUCACAGGAGAUACGUCACCGGAAGAUGAAGAUCGAAACGGAAGUGGACCAUUCGCUAUAUGCGUUCACUUCCGCGGAAGGUAAGAGCGGCGGCGGGGUAGGGACAGGAUGCUCCGUGAACGGCGGAGGGCUGCCUCCCAUUGCGCAGGACAGCGAGCGAUCAUCGAUCGACCGCCCCGAACGGCAGCUGACACCGCCGGGAUGCGGUGGGUGUGGUUCGAGCGGCACUGGCGAAAACAACACGAACGGCGAUGUUUCCCUGACAUCCGUGUUUGACUGCGAACACUUUCAGUUCAUAGACGAAGAGGAGGAGUUCCUGGAAGAUGAUGUGCCGGCGACCGAAACGUCGACGGGGGAAGCCCCGGCAAACUGUAAUACUCCUGCAUUCGUCAACGGGACGAACGGUAUGCCACCGCCGCGACACUGUGCGACGUCGGGCAGCCAUCUUUCCAGCGAGCAGAAGGAUUCUGAUUUAUGUUCCGGAGACAACCCAGUGGAGGUGAGUAACCAACUUCCACAACAUUCGCGCGAAACGGACAUGAGUGAUUCCGAACCUUCCGCGAUUUCUAAGAGCCACGCGGUCAAAAGGCAGGUCAGUUUCGAUGAUGCCGCCGCCGAUGGCUCUCGCGAGCCAAAUUCCACUACGAAAGAAUUGAGAUCCCUUUUAAAGAAAAGUAGUAAAUGUAGUAAUAGGCAAAAAGGUAGAGUGACAUUUGAUGAAGCAGUUACGUUAUAUUCGGACGAAAGUGAAGAUGUCCAAUUAAUACCCCUCACCACAGGGCCUGAAAUAGUAUGCACAGAAGUAUUUUAUAUGUUUGAACCUCCGAUAGAAUACCAGGAUGUGCCUCCUUUUGAACCUCCCGCCGAAUAUCGAGAUCCUGAUGAAAUGUCCGCUCCCGAAGUGCGCGUACCCGUAGAAAAUGUUGACCAACCUGCUCAGAAUGAUUCUGAUAGUUAUGAAUUAACAAAUGGAGUAGCGAAUGAUAAUUGUUCCCCAGAAAUGGUUAUUACUGAUGUUCUAGAUGCCAAAGUGGCAGAACUCUCAUCAACAGUAGAUGAUCGCAGUGACGUCGCUGUUUCUCUCGAAACGGAAAAUAUCGACAGUGCCGCUGACGAGAUUAAAAAUGAUAGUAUUGACUCUAAUCAGCUUCAGAAAGAGUCCAGUGAAGAAAGUGACAAACUUUUUGAAAGGUUUCUGGAAGCGGAGAGGGAAUUUGCUGUUGAUGAAGAACUAAACAGCGUAUUCCAUGAGCUUGACAGUGAUUUCUCUAAUGAUGCUAGAAAUGGAGCUUUUGACGAUAAUUUUUUUAGAAAAUUAAUUAGUCUGUUAUCCUCUGCUGAAGGAGAAGGUACAGUUGAAGAUGGUGACAUUUUCUCAUCUACAAAAUUCGCGAAUUCAUCAGAAGAUGUGGAUCGCGAAAUAGAAGAUGACGAUAACAGUCAAACUCAUUCAAGAACUCUCUCUGAAGCUGAUAGUGAUUGUAGUAUAUCAUCUCAGGACACAAUUAUUGUGAGAUUAGGUGAUGAAGAAAAUGAACAAAAUUCGAAUGAUCUGAAUGAUAACUUCCCUGAUAAAGCCAAAGAGAUCGAUGUCCCUGAAGUGUCUGCCGAUAACUGUGAUGCUAUCUUGAGCGAGAAAAAAGAAAAUUAUGACGAGGUCUUCAGAGAAAAUUCGGAUAACCUGUCUUCAAAUGAAAAACCACGUCCUUUGCCCCGGGAAUCGCUGUUGCCCAAAAAUGCACAAAUAGUUUCAACUAAGAUAGAUAAAGUCAAUGAAGAAAGUUUGAGCAGACAAAGUUCUGGUGAACAGUCAGUUAAUAGUGGGAAUUCUCAAGAUCCACCUCAAGAUGCUGAUGACUCUACUUCUUCCGAUUCUCGUAGUGGUGAAGUGGAAGAAGAAAUCAGAUUAGAUGACAUUGGUUAUGAUGAGGAAGAUGCUGAUGAUUAUGAUGAAGAGAGCUUCAGAGGUAUGGCUCAUGGUAAUUCAAAGAUUAGGAGAAUUAUAAAAAAGAAUGCUUUGCAGUGUUCCCUGUUUAGAGGAAUAGAAGCGAAACGUCGUCAACAACCAGGAGCAAAAUAUCCGCGACCUAAAUCGCCUUUGCUUUCCCAAGAAUCUCUAGUAGAGAAACUCAAAUGGUUGACAACAAUUGAUGAACACAAAGAUGUUGAUGCACCCUUAAAUUUUCAUUCCAAACCCCCAGAUGUUAUUCUUUCCACUGGUGGUGUACCUGUUAAUGGUUCUAUGGGUCACAGUGCUUCAUCUGAGGACGAUAUAGGCAACCAGUCUUCUUUGAAUUAUCAGCAUCCACAAUUUUAUCAAAUGCAGCCGAGACUUGUUCUGCCGCAUAAUAGUAAAGGUGGCUAUUACGUGCGACAUGAUGGUUAUCCUCCAACUCAUCAUCCUUCUUUACCCCGUCAACGAAUGCCAUUUUCAGGACAUUCACCACAAAUAAUGCCGCACACAUCCCCGUAUCCUCCUAAUCGUAUGGUGUCUCAUCCGACUUCACAGGUACAGUGGCCUGAGCAUCGACCCAUGACCUCCAUGACUGUGCCUAGAAAUUUUCGUGAUUGGAGGGUGAUUCAAAGAGUUAUGGUAAAUAGGAAUGGUGACAGCAGUUCUCGACCAUCACAAGUACCAGCUGAUUAUAUUAGAUGUCCGAAUGGUGGUGUUUCUGCCUAUCCAGUUAAUGUUUUGCCUGAUGUAAGCAGAGCAACUCCAACAUCAGGUAAUAAAGAUGAGUUAGAAAAAUUUGUAGAGCAGGAUUCUAAGCGAAUAGAAAGAAUACGUAAAAGAUACAGUGUGGCUGAAGAAGAAGAUGAUCCGACUUUUGGAUUCGCUCGAAGGCCCUCGGUACGCGGAGUUCAAAGCCAAAUCCAGUCCAACCCGUCCGAAACUAUUCAAGGCCACGGUACAAACAAAGUAGAUCCUUAUACAGUAUUCGAAGAAACUGCACAGGGACCACCUUUACAUCAUCCGAGACCUACUUCAUAUAGUGCUGAUCAGUCAAGAGUUUGGAACCGUGAUCCAAAAUGGAGACCAGAAAAUAUCAGUCAGUCUCAACUUUACGGACCUUCACAGCAAACUGGUAGAACUCAAGUACCCAUGCACAUUCAUAGGGCUUCAGUUGCUUUGACAGAACUCCCCGGAAGCGCGACAAUACCUUACACUCAUCGAAAGCCCCAUUCGGAUACCAGGUACCAUUCUUACGCUGAGAGCAUGUACGGAAGUACAAGGACAUUGCCCACGAAAGGAUGGAUGCCACCUGAUUCGAGAAUAUGCCAUAAUGUACCCGCACCUUCAGCAGCUCAUCAGACUUUACAAAUAACAACUGUUCCAUUACCAGCAGUAUCACCCCCAAUGUUACAAGUUCCUCCUCAUCCCAUAGCUUCGAAAGACGAAAGAGGAGUUCCUGAGGGGGCUAGCUCAUCCCCUAAAAUCUCAUCUGAUUCUUUGUACCAUGCUCCUGUGCCUGAUACUAUAGCGACUGGGGGGUCGCGUAAAGAAGAUGGAGUCAUUUACUACUCGUUGAAUGUUUGACGUGCUUUUAUGGUCUGCAGUGAUAGAUUGUUACUUUAUAAAGGACGCUGACAGCGAUGUGCGGUCUUCCGAAAUGUGUGAAACAUGAAAGUGAACGUGUUGUAACAGCAUUUAUCUAUUUGUAUUCACCAUUUCUGUAAAACAUACAAAAUUCACUUUUAGUUCAAGGGUCUUACAUGCAGACAAUUUUCAUUUCACAGAAAGUCUUCCGAAUACCGACUUUUAGCAAAUCAGUCUGAUUGUUUAACGGUAAGUGACUGCUGAUAGUUUUAUUUAAGUAUACAUACAUAGUGUUACGUGAAAGGCAAGCGUGUUCAUAUGUCUAAAAAAAAUUUUUACUGCUUUACUUGUUCAUAAAGUAUUAUAAAUCCUAUCUUAAUUUUUAAUAUAUUCUUUCAUGUAUUGUCUUACAUGAAUGCUGGUUUUUGCUACUUUUAAGAAAAGGAAAAAAACAGAUAAAUUGUAAAGAGUGUGUUUAUUUUCCCUUUUUAAUGCAGUCAUAUAAAAUUCUGUAUGCCUUUAUUUUGAUAAGUAUAUGAGAUCUUCUAUCUGAUUUUCAAUCUGUUUUUAUAAUAUAUCUCUGACAAUAUUUAAAAAUGGACUUUAAAAUAUUCUUUCCUUUUACCCUGUAUUCUUGAUAUACAAGGUGCUUUUAAUGAUUUAAUAUUAUAUUUGACAAACUGAUUAUAAAUCCUUCAAAUGAAGUCUUUUUGUGUCAUGUGUAAUCUUAGGAUAUAUAACGUUAUUUCAUGUUAUAUAACUUUUGUCAUUUUAACUUAUUUUUUCCACAAAUAAGUAACAAUAAUCUCUGACUCUUAUUCUUAUUUGUAUUGUUAUAACUAUGCAAAUGUAAAAUCUAUAGACACAAUAAUUGAAUGUAUUUAAAAGUAUUUUUAAAUACUUUAACGUUUGUACUAAAUUUGUCUUAUCUAUUUGAAUUUGAUCAAAUCAUACGACAAUCAGUAGCAAUUACUGAAUACGACAGUUACAGUAAAAGAUGGAAAAAUGGGAAGCGCUUAAAUAACUAAGUGAAAAGCAGUCUUAAAAGUUAUUUGAAAGGCCUCAUAAAACUUCAUCAGAUAGAAUGAAGAAAUCUAGCAGUCUCUCUGUUAGUUUAACUCGCUUAGAACAUCGCGCUUUUGGCUUUUCCAGUUUUACCAGCGAAUCUGCUGUUUUCUGAGAAAAGAAAUUUAUUUUACCUGUGUGGAUAAAAGUACACAUAGCUGUACAGUGACAGUUUCCGAUAUACAUAGGCGACGAGACUUAUUAAAAUAUCGAAAAAAGCAUGUAAUCACUCGAAGAUUUUUAGAGAAUAAAAAGGUAAUUUAUUUUUGAAAAAGAGUAAAUUUUAUUAUAAAUAGUAGAGUGACAAUGUUAAAGGACAUAUAUUUUUUUCCUGUAGUUAAUAGAUGUUGGUUUUUAAUGUUUAACUUGAGGAAAAAAAAAAAAAAGAUAUAUUUCAUAUAUGAUGAAGAAAAUGAUGCAUAGAUAUUUUUGAGUUUGCAUUGGUAAAUGAUAAAUCUGAAUUAUAAUUAACCAUCAUACAAUAGUUAAAAAAUUAUGCUAUUAUCAUAUAAAAUUUAUUUUAAUUGCAUAAUAUAUGGAAGCCUGUGAUUUAUAAUACUUAAAAAGCACAUAUCUGACAUAUCGCGUUUUUUCUAGACGUCAGAAAAUUGCUGUAUACAGAGUUUCCUAAAAAUUAUAUAAAUUGAAUUCAUUUGAUGUUGUUAAGUUUUCGUAUGAUAACAGUACAAUAGAUGUUUAGAUGUUUCAUUAUAUUAUUAUUAUAUUAUAAUUAAAAAAGUUUAAAAAUUUAGACUCUUCUGUAACAGUAUGAUCAAAAUAAGGUCAUCCAUAUGUUAGGAGCUUAAAUUCUACAAAUCGCUCAAACAUAGAAAGUUUUUAUUGGCAUUGUUUUCCCUAUAUGUAAACUCCUUGUAAAUAACACCAUUCUCCGAGCGAAUCGAAAUUUUCGAUCGCUUUUUCAGCCCAAAAUAUAGAUGACAUUUAUUUCUCUCAGAAGUUUUUGAUCCUGUACUUAAAAACAAAAAAAUUAAUAUUGCCGUGUGCCUAUAGAUUUUGUUUAUGAGUAAACAAUUUUUUGUACGCAAAGAACCAAUUGUUGCAAUACGUUCAUGUAUCUGUGAGCUUUUGAAUGAGAAUUUUGUGAACAUUUCUACAGUGUAUCGGAGUUCAAUGUGUAUGAUCAAAUAUAUAAAAUAACCUGUACAUAAUGUUACAACACACUUAUAAAAUUACUUACACUACCAUCAAUAUAAAUAGAUCUGUAAAUGAUAUGUAAAGUCAAAGGUAGUGAAAAUAUUAUUUUAGUUAUAUUGCAUUUUGUUAAAGAGAGAUAUAAGAAUUUGUAUGUUGCUAGAUAGUUAUAUAAAUUGCACAAGCUAAAAGUGUUUUUCAUUUAAUAUAUGAUUUUUCAGUA